CACUGCCUUCAAAAGUUGACUAAACUCCUCGAGAAGCUAACGCUAGCAAGCUACUUUAUCUUGUACUUUUCUAGGUUAUAUUUCACAUUCGUCUUGUUUUUAUGUAAACUUUAUUUGAAGCGUACUCCCAAAAAUCAUUGUUUUUUUUUUACUAACGUUAGUUAACGUGUUAAAAUGGUAAGUUAAAGUUAGCUCUUAUGCUAACUGACUCACACAAGAAGACAACAACAACAACAAUAAUAAUAAUAAUGAAGGUGACAUGAAUGAGAGGAUUUGGACAAUAACCAGGAGCUGGACUUGGUUAAAAAGAGAAGAUGAUAUGAUGUGAUGGACCAAGGAGGGAGACAUUCCUUUGCUUUGUCACAUGGUGCAUCAGCUGAUUUCUGGCACAGCACUCCAGUUAAAAAGAAAAAUGAAGGCGCUCCUCUUGACGCCGGCUUCAGGAUGGACAACACGGGUGUCUCCCCCCUCCCAGGAGACACCUGUGGUCCUCCCAGCUGGAAGGACGCACAGUUCCCAGUGAGUGACCUGAGUAGCUCCACCAUCCAGAGGCAGAGGAGGGAGCUCCAGCUGCUGAUGUCCGAGCUGAAGGACAGAGAACGGGAGCUCAACGCCAUGGCCGCCGCCCACCAGAAACAGCAUCAAGCCUGGGAGCAGGACCGCCACCGGACCCUCACGUUGGAGCAGAGGUGCUCCCGGUUAGAUGACGAGCUGCAGAAGCGUAACGCUGUGAUCAGAGUCCUGACUAAACGUGUCGUGGUUGUGGAAACCAGGGAGAAGGAGGUUCAGAAGGAGCUCGGCGAAGCUCAGCAACUGCUACGUGUGCUGGAGAAAAAACAGGAGCACAUCAGAGGAAAAUGUCAAGACUUUGAGGAGAAGAACCAGAGUCUGAGCUCCACGGUCACGGCUCUGUCCACUCAGGUCGGCUCUCUGCAGGUCAGAGAGGAGGAGCUGAGCUCUAUGCUCAAACUCAAGGACAAAGAUGUGACAGAGGCUUCUCGUCACAUCCUCGACCUGUCGGGGCGUCUGAGGGACCUGGAGGCGGCGCUGGCCGAGAGUCGCUCACGGGAAAACAAGCUCCUGAGAGACGUGGAGGAGAGUAAACGUCGCUACAGGGAAGCCAGACAUGACGUCACGCAGCUGAAAGAGGAGCUGAAGCAGCAGGUAACACAGAGCAGCACCCAGAGAGAAGAGAUGAUCCGUCUGAAGCAGGAGCUCCACCUGCUCCGCACAGAUGUGGCCCUGACAGGUGAGGGCGACUCCUGGAAGGACGAGCUGCUCGAACUUUCUCGCUCCAAACAGGAACGACUCACCGGUGAACUCCUCCGCCUCCGUCAGGUGUGUGAGAAUCAACGCAACGACCUGCAGCUCCUGCAGAAAAGCAGCCAGGGAUCAGCUGGCAGCCAGGAUGAGCUGACCUGUAACUGUCUGGAGCAUCAGUCGCCUUCAUCGCUCAGAGGGAAGAACCAGAGACGUGAUUCAUCCAAUCUAACAUCGGCUGAUCUUCAAGGCUCAGUCAACAAUGAUCUGGGAGUUUUCUUAACACGCCUGAUGGAUGAGGAUCAUCCUCUGUCGAGCUCUGCUCUGCAGCAGCUGCUGGAUGAGUCCAGGCCGGUCGUCUCCAGCUCUUUGCCGAAUAGUGGCCCCACAAUGCAAAGCAGCGGGACGUCUGGGCCUCCUCAUUUCCACAAGAGUCAUUCCCCUCAACACCACCCAAGUACCUCGAUACUGAAGACAAGUGAAACUCCACCCAAAUCCUGCCCUCGUCACGGCGCCAUCCAUCCAAGCAUGUGGACGUCUUGAUGCUGACUGAAGAAUGGAUUUCAGUGUUUACCAGAGCGACAGCAAGCGAAAAUCAGUAUUAACACAUAAAGUGCCAAAGUUUGAACCUUGGAAAACGAUGAAAUGUUUUUAGAACUUUUUUUGUAUCUGUAUUUUUUCAUAUGUGUAAUUUUUUUUUAUCUGCCACUGAUUAACAAACUUAAACUGUGUAUUU